GGGGGAACAGCGCCAGGCAAUAAUCCCGGAGUGGAAACACCGGUCGAUAGGAAAUCCAAAACUGGGGAGGGGAAAUGAAGGCGGGAGGCGGCGCCACAACAUCCCUGAUUGGCUGCUGCUGCUCGGGUCACGAUAUGUUCCCUGUCCAAAUCGGGGAUCGUCGCCGCAACACCACCGAAACACAACAGAUAGUUGCAGAUUCGCGGUGGAUGACGAAAAGACCACAAUAAAUCGCAGCAACAACAAAUAAGAAACAGAUCAACGGGGGGGGAAAAAUAGUAGAUAAAGAAGCGCAAAACCCCAGAGAUCUAAACACUUACAGGAUUCUUCAGGAAACCUUCGACACAGCAGCAACGACGAUCAAUACGCCGUCGUCCUCAGACCGACUCACUCACUGACCUCCCGAGUCCAGGCUCGAUUUCGUUAGCUGAUCCCAGAUACUAC